UAUUUAUUUUUAUUGUUAGUUUAAAAUUUCAUUUCGGUCCAAACGGAUAUCCGGUGUGCGCACUCUAGCGACCAUGUGAAUCGACCACUUUCUUUCCGUUCAUGGCUCGUGGCACUGUUUGAUACUUGUCACGAUGAAGUUGAACGUGUCUUAUCCAGCGACAGGAUGUCAGAAGCUGUUCGAGAUUUCAGAUGAACACAAGCUAAGAAUAUUUUUUGAGAAGCGCAUGGGUGCUGAGGUUGAGGCUGACGCUUUAGGUGACGAAUGGAAAGGAUAUGUUGUCCGGGUCUCUGGUGGCAACGACAAACAAGGGUUUCCUAUGAAACAGGGUGUUCUCACCAAUGGUCGUGUGCGUUUAUUGCUCUCGAAGGGACAAUCCUGCUACAGACCAAGGCGUGAUGGUGAACGUAAACGUAAAUCAGUUCGUGGGUGUAUUGUAGAUGCCAAUUUGUCCGUACUUGCUCUUGUCAUUGUAAAGAAAGGAGAAAAGGAAAUUCCAGGUUUGACGGAUACUCAUGUACCACGUCGUCUAGGUCCUAAAAGAGCGAGUAAGAUCCGCAAACUGUUCAAUUUAUCAAAGGAUGAUGAUGUACGCCAGUUUGUCGUGAAACGACCAAUUCAAAAGGAGGGCAAGAAAGAGCGUUUCAAGGCCCCGAAGAUCCAACGUCUCAUCACUCCACUCACUUUGCAGCGUAAACGACAUAGAUUGGCUUUGAAGAAGAGGCGUAGUUUGGCUCGCAAACAGCAAGCAGCUGAUUAUGCGAAAUUACUAGCACAAAGACAGAAGGAAGCGAAGAACAGGCGUCAGGAAGAACUGAAACGAAGGCGCAGUGCUUCGAUGCGAGAUUCGAAGUCAUCCGGUCAAUUAGCACCUACCACGCAAAAGUAAAAUGACUGCUAUGUUGUAUUUACAAUUUAAUAAAAAUAAUUUCACUUACGCGUA